AUGUUUAAUGAGUCCUCCAACAUGAAAUUAAGCGUGAACAAUCAAAAAGACGUCAAAACGUUUCAAAUCUUAGGGGCAGUUUUGAUACUUGGUCUUGUUGUCCUGAUGGCUGUUUACUUCGUGAGAGUGGACAGCAUAGUUGAUCCUAAGGGAGAAGAAGCGGUUGUUAGCAUUUAUGAAGAGGUGGAGGAGGAAGAAGGGCUUUACGGAGAUCUCCCAGGAACCACAAUAAUUGAGGAGGAUGCCAAUAGGUCAAAUGAUUCCUGCAGCUUUGAACUUGUGGAAAAUGUUCCUUAUGACUUGGCUUUUGAGAUAAAUAGCACUGCAGCCAAACCCUUGUACCAAGCCUGGAUGAGACUCCUUGAUAUAGCCCAGGAAAAAAUUCAUGUGGCUUCUUACUAUUGGUCUCUCACUGGGAAGGAUAUCAAUGUCAAUGAUUCAUCUUCCAAGCAGGGUGAAGACAUUCUGAAGAGGUUUGAGAGAUUACUUGCAGAGAACAUCUCUGUGUACAUUGCAGCAAGUGUGCCAACUUUGGCUACAAAUUCAACUGACCUCAAGCUUUUAGAAGAAAAAGGGGCUCAUGUAAAAAAGAUCGAUUUUGAACAUUUGACAGGAGGAGUGUUGCAUAGCAAAUUCUGGAUUGUAGAUAUGAAACACAUAUAUAUUGGCAGUGCAAAUAUGGACUGGAGAUCUUUAUCUCAGGUGAAAGAGUUUGGUGCUGUGAUAUACAACUGCAGCUGCUUGGCCAAAGACCUCUGGAAAACAUUCAGUACGUACUGGGAUCUUGGACAUGCUAAUGCUACCAUCCCGUUCCCUUGGCCUCUUAAUUAUUCUACCCACAUUAACAAGCAUCGGCCUCUGGAAAUAAAAUUUGAUGGAAUCCUGACAAAAGCCUAUUUUUCUGCUUCUCCUCCAGCAUUUUGUCCAGAAGGUCGCACUCAUGACCUCUUUGCUAUAAUCAGUAUUAUCAGUGAGGCACAGAAAUUUGUCUAUGUUUCUGUUAUGGAAUAUUUCCCGACCAGCCGUUUCGUUCAUCCAGAAAGGUACUGGCCAGCCAUUGACAAUGCUCUCAGACGUGCAGCUUUCAACAACAGAGUACCAAUCCGGCUUCUGGUCAGCUGCUGGACCCACUCUGACCCAGUCAUGCUCUACUAUCUGAGGUCCCUGCGUGCUCUCGACAACCCACAUGCCCACAUCAGUGUCGACGUGAAACUCUUCAUUGUUCCAGUUCUGAAUCACACAAAUAUUCCUCAUGGGAGAGUGAAUCACAACAAAUAUAUGGUCACUGAUAAAGUAGCAUAUAUUGGGACUUCCAAUUGGUCAGAAGAUUACUUCAUUAACACAGCUGGCGUGGGACUAAUUAUCAAACAGAAUUCGACCAACCUGCAAAGAAGGCAACUGCCUAUCCAGGAACAAUUAAAAAACCUUUUUGAGCGAGACUGGAAUUCCAAAUACGCAGUGAAUCUGGAAGAUGUGCAGGGACAGAAAGACUGCAACUGGAGGGCCAGACUCUGA